AUGGCUAGUAGAGAUCCUCAAACGAUAUUUGAAAUUGGCACGAAGACAAAUUCAACCGAUUAUCAAGUGAUGAAAGCAAAACGAAUGUUUCAUAAGGAAAAUAUUCUUAAUUUCCAUAAAAAGAUGGAAGACCAUAAAACCGAUAAAAUCAAUAUGACAUCAGAAUUAUCUCAAAAAGUCAAUCUACCAUCCAGCAACACGAAAGAAAUUAAUACUGCAUUUAGAACGAUAGUUCCAAAGAAAAGAAGUAGUGACGAUUUAUAUAAACUUUCAAAAAAGAAGAAACGUUUAACGAAACAGGAUGAAGAAUAUUAUAUACCUUACUCUGCAUCAGAUAAACAUACGGAGGAUGGUUUAGCAGUUAACACGUUUGCCACUGAAGUUGACAAGGCGCAGAUGGAUUUAACAGCUGAUAAUGAAGAGAGUCAACAUCUUCAAACGCAAUUGACAAAAUGGGAUAGGAAAAGAUGAUCACCAUUGAGAGGAUAUAUAC